AUGCCGACGUCGUUGAAGCGGAUUCCGCGUUCGCUGUCGGUGCCGGUGUUCCGCAAGACACCAAGGCGACUGGUGAACGUGCUGUUGUUCAAACUUCGUGACAUGCGAUUGGCCACUGUGGGAGCACUUUCUGCUGGAUUACGUAAGUAUCUUAUUUUAAUUCUAUUAAAUCUUUUCGAACGGAAUUCUUCUGGCCUCGAAAUUAUUGCUAGCAAUAAGUAA